ACGGACAUGUUCCAGUUUAUUUUUCACAACAUUUCAUAGCAAAAUAAAUGAUGUUAUAAGAAUAUGAAGUUUAGUGAAAUGGAUCUACUGAACUUUUGUGUUUAUAUUAUGAUUAGUUUUGUAUUUAAUUUAGUGUCAUCGAAUGUAUUGGAAUCUGAACAGUCUUCAUUCCUCGGCCUAUCGCAGCCUGUGUCUCUGAGCAGCAGUACGGUGGAACUGGUCGCGCAGCUCGAGGCGGCAGUGCGGCAACACGCGCGCGGCGACCGACGCGUCAGGCGAUACUUCAAGUCGUACGACACGCCCUUCGCGGGCCGCAGCCGCAGGGCCAACCGCGGGGACUCUAUCUAUGACGACUAUUAAAUUAUUGCU